UCACAUUCACAUUCACAAACCCAAACCCCCACACGGUCCCUUACCUCGCACGCCAGCCUACCCCGCCGCCGCUGCCGCCGCGGCGACCGAAUUCCGAUGGCCUCCACCGCCGGAGGCGGAGGCCGCCACUGGCUCGACGACGAGGCGCCCGACCUCCGCUCCCGCAUCCGCCAAACCCUAACCAGCAAAUUGGCUCGAUAUUAUCAACCUAGGUAUGCCCCUGAUUCCCAGGAGGCCCAGAGAUUUGUUGCCAACUUUGAGGAGCUGGCACUCAGGGGGACCAACAGUAAGGAAGACUACAUGAGAAACAUAUCAAGCAAGUUGCUCAUUAUGGAGAAAAGAACAAGUGAACAUCUAGAACGGCGAAAGCAAUUACGUAAUCAAUUGCAACUUGCUAAUACAGGUCAGGCUUUACAGGGAGGCAAUUCUUCUGUGAGGCCAGAGGCAGGGAUGAUGGCUACUCCACGGCCAACUUCUCAGCCUAUGAUGCCUCAAACUUCAGGCCUAGUGCCCAACCAGCACAUGGUUUACCCUCGCACCACAAACUUGCAGAUCGAGGUUGAGCAAAAGCACCCUGGCGUUAUGACAAUUCCGGAUCAGCGUCCAAAGUUUCAACCCAAAGGGAUCACUACAGUACGGCCGGGUGUCAGUCCGUGGCAGAUGCAAUCAGGAGCCAGUCAGAGUCAGAGCAAAUACGCGUCCAGGCAAGCACAGACUACAAACUUUGUAGGUUGCAGCCCACCAAGUGUGUCAAAGCCAGCUAGGGGACUGACUUCUCUGCAUAAUCACCAACCUGGCCAAAAUGGUAGUUCCGUUGGAAAGCAGCAGCCACAGCUGACAAGGAUGAAUCAGCGAAGUUUAAGUGCCAACCAACAAGAGAUGGACAUGCAAAAGUACCAAAUGCUUAUAGCACAACAAACUGAUAUCUCCAAGAUGCAGCCCAGCCAGCUUGGAGGAUGGAAUAAUCAGAAGGAUACUAGGCAGUCAAAUCUGUUACGGUCACCGGUCGAGGCAUCUGAACGUGAGCCUGUGACUUCACCUCUACAACAGAUUGCAGAUGCUCAACAAAGCACUUUGCUUUGUCAGAACUCCCAGAAUACUGCUACGAUGGACAGUGCUAGAGAAUACGAUCUAAUUGAGGGGAUGUUUUUGCAGAUCAAGUCUUGGAAGGAUGCUUAUUUUACUCAGUUUGUGGAACUGGAACGUCGAAUUGUUGUUCCAACACUAACAGAGGAACAAUUCUUAUCACUACCUGAAGCAAAAGCUAAUGAAUACAAACGUAAAGCAUAUGCCAAGAAAUCAAUCAGAAAGAUACUGAAUUUCUUGCUGUUGGUGAAAAGUGAUGUAAAUGAGGGUUUGAAGUUGGACUUCCCCAAGUACAAAGAAGACAUACAUAAAUUGGUGGCUUUUAUCGAUAGGGGUAAAGCUCACAAUGCAGAGAUGAAUACAGGAUAUCAGUUGCAGAACUGUCAUGAGCAGCCUCAAGUAAUCAAUCUUACUGGCAAUGCAUCGUCAAUCAGUGGUGGUAAAAGUAGACAGCAAAAGCAACCUGCAGACACAAGCAUUUUGCAGUCAAGGCAAACAAAUAUGGCUAGAACACCACCACCUCAUGAACAGAGCAAUGGCAACCACUUGCUAGGAAUAGCAAGUCCUUCUUUCUCUUCACCAGGAUCAUUGCCGUCUUGUUCUUCCAAUAUGUUUGAGUCCUCGACCCCCACACCAGUUGCAAAUCCAGUGGUAGCACCAGCGUCAUGCUGUGCUCCGUUGAUCCCAAUGGACGUUGACAGCAUAUCUGCCUUCUUGUUGCACGACAAUUCAGCACCACCAUCACCAAAAGUAAACGGUUCAGACCAAGUCACUCGUACUAAACUGACAAUACCAUCCUCACCAUGUCAGGCAGACAUAGCAGCUGGUCAAGCAGAGGUUCAGGCGGGAGGUGGAGACGGAACACCGGUGACUGAAAAGCCCAUCGACCGCCUACUGGAUGCAAUACGAUCCUCAUCACCGGCAGCGCUACGCAGCUCAGCUAAUUCAAUUUGGUCUGUCCUCAGCAUCAGCGACACUGUACCACAUGGGCAAAUUGGUGCAAAUAUGGAUGGCAAAUUCUUUCAGCAGCAGUGGGGUGGAUAUAAUACUGUGAGAAAAAUGAAGCGAGUUUUCAAUGAUACAGCAACACACUCUGAAUCGCUACCGCUGGGAAGCAUGGAUGGCAGUUGCAUGGCAUUUGAGUGUGAUGCCUCAAACUCUGGAUCCAGCAGCGAGCAGAACAUUAAGCGGCCGAAAACACCGAAUGCUAAUGAUGCUCUGUUGAAAGAAAUCAAAUCGAUUAAUGACACAUUGAUCGACACAGUGGUCAGCAUAUCUAUGGAUGGGAUCGCCCCUUGUGAUAGCGGGACAACAAUCAAACUGUCUUACAGCGCCGUGUCGCUUUCACCGGCGGUGAAAUCACUCUUUGCAACAUCUGAAACGUCCCUUGUCUUGCCCAUGAAGCUAUUCGUCCCAGCAGAUUAUCCGAGCAGCUCUCCGGUGCCUAUCAGUGACGAAGGAGAUGAGGUGCCAAGGAGGAAUUCCAGCGCCAUCUCGGCCUCAGUAGACGUGGCAUACCGGCACGUCCUCCGUGGUCUCCUGGAACCCUUGUCGAUUGAGGCGAUGGCCAGGGCAUGGGAUGCCUGCGUGCGGAAGGCCGUGACGCAAUUUGCGCACCGGCACGGCGGGGGGACGGUAAACUCGAUAUUUGGUGGGUGGGAGAGAUGCGCUGCCGCAUGAGAAAUGGAUCAGAUUAUAGGAAAGAAAUUAGUGGGGAUCAUAACCAUCUUGGGUACAGGGCAGUAGCAGAAAUGUAGAGACUUGCGUUAUUGACAUCUGGGGCAUAUUUGUAGAUGUAAAGUGUUGUUUUGGAAGCGAUAAAUUUUGAGUGGUGAACGCCAAUGGAUGACUGCAUAUAUGUGAAAUUUGUUGUGCAAUUGUAGACUCUGAAAUGAGGAACAAGAAAACCGAAACUGUAGACAUGUGUUUGAAAAUUGAAAAUUUUCCGAGUUCAAA